UGACAAUGACAAGCGCUCUGAUUUACCGCUGCAAUGGAUGGAAGUCAUGACGAUGACAUCGUAGAGCUGUCACCCUCGAUCGCAACAUCCUUAACUACGACUUAUCUUGACGCUCUCAGUUCCUACCUCUCCAGAACGACACCGUUGACUUUGGAUGGUCCCGGCUCAACGGAGGAAGAUGCACAGGAAGAGCGCGAGGUAGAUAAGAUGCUUGAAGGGCUGAACCUCUUUCAGGAACAACCCCACCUCCUCGAUCCUUUCCUUCCAGACCUCAUCACUCCCAUAACCGAUCUCCUCACACCCCUCAUUCUAUCCACCGCCGUACUUCAAUCACGCGCGGAACGGCUAUGCAAAAUCCUAUAUACGUACUCCAAGCUCCGCUCACACAAGAUCAUCACGACAUUUCUUCCGCCGGAUGUGUAUCUCCUCGAACCACUCCUGUCGCACCUGUCAUCGGAUUUGAUACAGUAUACAUGGCAGGCAAGAUACGUGCUGUUGCUAUGGGCUGGGUUGGUGUUCAUGGCACCGUUCGAUCUACAGACAAUUGAUUCCGCCACGGAGGGACAGCAAUCUUUGGUCGAGCGCGCGGUGCAGAUCAUCAAGGUUGAACUCGGUAGGAGCGGAAAAGAGAGGGAUGCGGCCGCAAUCCUCGCGGCACGAGUCUUGACGAGGAAGGACGUUAUUGCGCAAGGUGGGUUACGCGCCUACACCGAAUGGUGCAAUGAGAAAUAUGGUAUAGCGAGUCCGAUGCUGAAGUCAGGGAUUUUGGCGUCCCUGGCACAGAUUUACCGGUCGGGUGAGAGGGAGACACUGAGGAAGGAAUCGGAGCACGUUUGGGGCCUUAUCGAGGCGGCGGAGGGGGAUCAGAAUGAUAUUCAUAUUCGGAAGUUACGGGUCAAGUUGGCUUCGAGGAUUGGGUCUACCUUGCUGCCGCCAAGACAUGCGAAGGAGGUGGAGGAGGGAGAUGUAUCGGAGUUGGUGGAUGCGGUUAUUGAUGCGUUGUUAACGGCGUUGAGGGAUGCAAGCACGAUUACGAGGUAUUCUGCCGCAAAGAACCUAGCUGCACUUACAUCGCGUCUGCCACUUGCUUAUCAAUCUGAGGUCGUUGAUGCGGUCCUUGCGUUCUUUGAGGAGAAUGGUGGGUUUGCGCAGGGUUUUGAGCAGGUGAAUGAUGCGUUGUGGCAUGGUGCUACAUUAUGCCUGGCAGAGUUUGCGCGUCGCGGAGUUGAGGUUGAGGACACGGACACAGUACGGAAUGUGGUGCUGGCUGCACUCAAGUUCGAGCAGCGACGGUCCGGGACGUAUGCUCUGGGCGCACACGUCCGUGAUGCAGCGUGUUAUGCGAUUUGGUCGAUGGUCCGAUCACCGGUGUCGUCAACUAAAGCAGUCGUCGGGACUCAGUCCGUAGCGGAGGAGCUUGUAAUCAGAGGGUGCUUCGAUCGUGAAAUCAAUGUUCGACGCGCAGCGAGUGCGGCAUUCCAAGAAGGCGUGGGAAGGAUGGGUAUUUGGGAAAGGGGUAUUGAGGUCCUGGGUAUCAUGGAUUUCUUUGCGGUUGGGGUCAGGAGGAUGGCUGCGCUCGAUGUUGGGGUUAAGUUGUUUGCACUACAACAGUAUAGGGGGUGCAUUGUACAAUACUUGGUGCAGGACGGUGUUGAACAUUGGGAUUUGGAGCUGCGGACGUUGGUAGCGAAGUGCUUGGAGGAGUGUGUGCGAACUGGUGUUGAGGGGGGUGAAGAAGCUGUUGUUGACGAGUUGAAGGGCAUGGUGAGGAGGUCUGCAGACGCAACUGAUGUUGGUGUAAGGCAAGGUCUGACUGUUGCGAUCUCUGCUAUUAUCCGGGGAAGCGCUUCGCAACGUGGGCUAUUCAAGCAAGAAGUCAACGUGGUGAAGGACAUCGUCGCAUUGGUAGGCGGUUUACCUCCAUACCUAAGGAAAGGGGUGCAUAGCGGGAUGAUGCUCACCGCUACAUGUGUCCUCAUCACGGCACUCGCUGACGCUGGUGUUGAUGUUGGUGAGACUGGAAGGAAGGAAUGGUUGAAGCUCGUUCACCUAACACUUGCGAAAUCUGACGAGUCCACGCAAGAGGCCGGAGCGCAUGCCACGAGAGCCGUGUUCGCUGCAUGGGAUCUUUGGAUUGAGAUUGCAGUGUUUGUUAAGUGUAUCGAUGUGCGGAGUAGCAGGGAAGUACGACGAGGGUAUGCGAAGGCACUUGGUGUCAUUGCUUGGGAUAAGCAUCCGAAUGAGGUGGGAAGGGUUGUGAGGGCGCUCUUGAAGGCUACAGAAAUCGAGGAGAACGAAUUUGUCAACGAUGGCGAAGCGAGACGGGAUGCAACCCAUGCACUCGCGCUCAUCCUGAAGAGCGCUGGUGCGAGGAUGGAAGUGGCAUUGGUGAAGGAAGUGGGGAGUGGCUUCCUGAGGUGUCUUGAGGAUUACGCUGUUGAUUCCCGAGGUGAUAUCGGCAGUUGGGUACGGAGAGAGGCGAUGUACGGGCUUACUGUUGCGUUCACCGCAGACUUGUCAGAGGGUGCCGUGGAUGCGGAGGCGUGGAAGAAGGGAUUCAGUGGUAUACUCAAGCAAUCUGUGGAGAAGCUGGACAAACUUCGAAGUUUUGCCGGAGAAUGCAUUAAGACGAUCAUGGAGGCCGGCAAGUUUGAGAUGGAAGACGUUGCGAAGGAAGUCCUUGCAGACGCCACGCCAGAUUUCUGGGCCAGUCCUGGAAUGUUCUUCCCAAAGAUUGUGGAGCUUUUGGUGGUUGAAGAAUGGAGACUGCCGAUUCUUUCUGGCUUAAUGACGAGUGCAGGUGGUGCUGGUGAGUCAUUGUUAAGAGCUGCGAGCACAGCACUGUCGAAUUACCUUGAAGGACUUCCCGACAACGAUGAGGAUGGUGCACCAUUGUCGCUGACACAAUUCAUGGACGCAUUGGUUGCGGUCAUUGAGGACAACAGCGACAAAGACCGUGUUAUCAUCCCGUGUUUCGAGUACACGAGUACGAUGUUUGACAUGCAGAUCCCCCAACGACUUGCGGAUACAUACACCUUCAACAGAUUUAUUUUCCUCGUCCAGAAGGCGGCAUACAAAACCACAUCUAUCCCGAAACUCCUCGCGGUGUCGAAACUCUACGCCGGUCUUGCAUCUCUUGAGUUCUCAGCAGAUACGUCUCCGAAUACGGCGGUGAAGACCAAGGCACUUGGCAAGCUUGUCGGGAUGUUACGGCAUCCAUUCCCGAGGGUGAGGGCAGUAGUGGCGGAGCAGUUGUAUCUCGUCGUGAGUACCUGGCCUGAGUGUGAAGAGGUCGAAUGUCUGUUGGUGGAAACCGACUGGAUGGGCAGUGUGAAGGAGACGAAGGGAGUCUAUGAGGAGUUGAGGAAGGGGUUGCGGAUCGCGUGAGUGGAACAUGUGUUGCGAAUAUGGCGUUGACUGACAUCCUAGGCAUGCUAAGGG